CAUGUUAACAAUGUUAACAUUAUGUUAAUUAAUCUUUAUUAAAUGUUCCUAAACAUAAUUUUAUUUAAUUGAUGCUGUUCGGUAUUUAUGAUUGUGAUCUGAGUAUACCUUCUGUGUUUAAAUAAAAGUUUUUUGUCAACCAUACUUUUUAGUUUUUUUUUCUUAUAUUAUUUAUUAAUCGUUGAUUUAGUUUAUGUGCAUAUAACUGUAGUGUAUUCUUUAAAUAUUACAUACAUAUGAUGCUUAUAAUAUGAGUUGGUUCAAGCGAAAUAAAGGAGUUGAAAAAACUGACGAUCUUGAUUUGUCAGCGUGUUUUGAUAGCUUUAACAAACAUUGGCAACAAACCUUUGAAAUUAUUGAUAGAUUUCAAACUUCAAAAGGCGUUAUUAAGUAUGAUGAUAUUGUAGCUGUUAUAAAUCAUUUAAAUCAAUUAAUAAAGCUAUUGUUACUUGAUGUACAAUCAGCCAAAUCAACAAAUCAAUCACGGUGUCUUGAAUACUUUUUGAGAAACCAAUUACUAGAAAAAUUAUACUCAUGGAGCUUAAAAACAGACAAGUUCAAAAACUAUUUAAAAUUGGAACAAUUAAAAGUUUAUGGAGUUCUUUUGUCAAAACUUCGAGGACAUCAGUUACUUUCUAAUGAUUCUAUAUUAAAUCCUUUAAUACUUAUAUUAAACUCAUAUGAUGGUGAUUGCUUAUCUGUAGAAAUUGAAAAACACUUAGUUACAGUUUUAAGACAAUUUUGUGUUGUGCUUUCUCAUCAACCAAGUAUAUUGUGCAAUGUCUUGAAAGAUAACACUAAAAAUUCAAAAUGUGUUAUAUUGUCAUUAUUGAUGGCAUUCAUACACCGUGAUGGAUCAAUUGGCGAAGAGGCGCGUGAUGCCUUAUUAAUAUUUGUGUCAUUAUCUCGUCAAAAUGAUACACUAGCUGAUAUCAUAACAUCUAGAUCGAAUGUGAGUCCUGUAUUGGCAACUGGUUUAAGUGGUCUGUAUUCAGUGUUGCCACGAAAAUUAGAUUUUGAAAAUGAUUGCUACCGACUGAGCCCAAAAAAUAUUGAAGAUGUACCAGAACUAAAUAAUUUCUUAGCUUCAGUAGAACUGUGUAAUGCUGUUGCUAAAAUAUGUCACAAAUCUGUAUAUGAUCAACUUUUAGAUUACUUAUACCAUGGGUUCCUUCUACCCGUUGUCGGACCAGCAUUAAUGCAGGACUUUGAAAAUAAUUGCGGUAUCAAUGCACAUUUAUCGCGGGUGGCAGAAGAGGAAGUAGCUACAGCAACAGUAUACUUAGAUUUACUACUUCGUAGUGUCACUCAUCCAGGACUUCUACAAACAUUUGUGAAAUUUGUGCUGUGUGAAAGAUUUGAAAAAAUAAAAAUUAUUGAAUUGCUCGUCAAUCGAAUUAAUAACAAAUCUUUUAAGGUUUGUAUUGCUACACUUGCAUUGAUGGAAACAAUUUUAGACUUAAACUGUGAGGAUGUCAUGUUAGAACUAGUAUUCAAGUAUUUAGUGCCUUGCACGCACAUAAUGCUUAGCCAACGUUCACGUAUUAAACAAGUAGAUUCAUAUUGUAAAUCAGCUGACAUAUUUUUGUCCUUAAUACCAGAUGUCUUCAAACAUAGGAAUGUUAAUUCUCAAACUUUAUUCUCUGAAUAUCAAUGUUACUUGAAUUGUGCACGAAUUAAGAUAGCUGAAUGUGCUAUAGAAACUAAACAUUGGACAUACCUAUAUGAUGGAGAAAAUCCAUCUCACGUAAUAGUUGAAACAAAAACAAAUGAAGUGGAGAAUGAUCAAAACAGCAUAUUAUCAGCUGAUGAUAGUUCAAGUGGAUAUGAAAGUUUUAAAGCCAUGAAAGACAUUGACAAAAUGCUUGGAACUGAUGAUAGUAGGCCUGCUGAUGAAAUUUUGUCAAACACUUCUUCGCCGUGUGGAAGUGAUUCGCCAACGUGCUUCAUAAGACAGUCAACAUUCAAGACAAAAGAACCACUUACGCAAUACCCUUGUUUGGGUCCAUUUCUCGAGGCGCUAUUUUCAAAUCUAGAAAAUUUGCCCAAACAAGAUUUUCGGAUAAACUUACAUCUGACUGCUGUUAUGACUCGUCUGUCCAUGUACAACAAACCUUUAAUUCAAUCAUUGUUACUGAAUCAUUCAAUGAUUUUUCAGCCAUGUAUACGUUCUCUGUUCCAAAUAUUGCGCUCUUUAAAACAGACUAUAGAAACAAAAUUAUGCAGUCGUGAGGAAAAAGUUAUAAAAGCCGAAGCAUUUUUAAUUGAACGAGAAAAUAAGCUCUGCAACACUCAAUGCAGUCGUUCAGCUGGUGAGAAAAUUCCCGAACCAUUUCCUAGAGGUGAAUCCAAACGGCGCAGCAUAUCAGUAGCAUUUGGAGAAAUGUUCAGAAGAAAUUCUGGGAACAAGGAAGCCAUAUUAGAAUCCACAAGCAACGGUUACAGGUAUUACAAAGAAAAUGAAACCGAGUCAUUAGACUUGCCAAUAAACGCAAUAAUUCUGGCAGAAUGGUUGAAGGAACUGUCGGCCAUUUGUCAAGAACACACAAUUAGCUAGUUAGUGUACAUAAAUAUAGGUACAUAAAGAACUAUAAUAUUAUUAUUAAUGUUACUCAUAUUAUUAUUAGUGCAUACUGCAUAGAUAUAUUUUUUUACUGUGAACUUAAAAGUUUUAACCCUUUUAAUGUUAUUAAAUUGUUGACUCAAUUGUUUUGCUCAAGCCUAUCGUUUUAAUUAAUAGUACUGUGAAUUAUUUUUACUCAUUUUUAUUGUUAGUUGAAACUUGAAUUAAAUAUUAUGAUAUAAUAAUAUCAUGUGAAAUUAAGGAAAAUAUUCCGUCCAUAUUUAAAAUUGCUAUUAUGCGAGAACCAACAACUUAUGUCACGCAUUUACAUCGCAACAGACUGCUGUACUUAAAACUGGUAGUGCGUACAAAUUUGAUCUUCCGAUUAAAAUAACAAUGUUUAUUUAAAAAAUGUUUGGUUCAUGUUUUCAUUAUGUUUUUUUUUUAAUUUUAACAUAAUUUAAUAUAUUUAAAUUUGUAUUUUUAUUCAAGUCCAAAAUUAAUAAUCAUACACUUUAGAACGCACAAAAUAAUAUGCCGUCUUCCGCCAUAGUUAAGAGUAACUCAUAGAUCUUAUAGACAUUUAUAUAUAUUAUACGUUUUUGUUAAACAUUUAAACCUUAAUCUCCCGCUUAAUUUACUUUUAACAAAACUAAAAUGUUAUUAAUUAUUAACAUUACAUGUUUAUCGAUAUCAAUGUAAUUUAUAGUACAAAACACUUCUACAACAACUCAUACUAACAAAUACGAUAAUGUGAUUAUAUUUUAUGUAAGGUUAAACCGUUUUGUGUCUUUUUUUUAAAAAGUAUCAUAUGUAUAAACUGAAAAAUCAAUUCUUUGUAUUAAGUUUUGGCAUCCGAGAUCUGACGAUGAUUUUUUUUGUAAAAGUAUUUGUAACAAUUUAUAUUUUAUUAACACAAUGUUAAUAAUGGACAUUUCUAUUGUAGCUUCCUAUCAGAUAAUAAUUUGUUAUUUUGUGUUUAUUGUUAGUUACCCGCUCUAGCUAUGUUACUGUUGUUAAUAUUAUGUUGUUUUUACAUAGUUUUUCAAGUUAAUAUAUUUGUAAUACUCAAGACUAUAUUAUUGUCUUUGUUCUGUUCAAAUAUUACAAUUAUUUUAUACAAUAAUAUGUAAUUUUGUUGUUAUUAUAAUAGUUAAAAUUAUUAUAUUUUUUUUACCUAUGAUCUUGCCAUUUAGUUUCUAUAGUAGAGAAGAAUAUAAUGUAAUAUGUUGUGUAUUUGUGUGUAGAUAAUAUUUAACUAAUACAUGAUAUAUUUUAUUUCUGUUUUAUUUGUCUAAUUAUAUAUAUAUAAUAUA